GUGUGUGUGUGUCUACAGAGGAUUUGUGGGGCGUGACUGUGUGUGUGUGGUCUGCAUGCAUGAAAAUUUUUUAGUGGAAAUAUUUAUUGAUGCGUGAGGUGAGUGUGUGUACGUACAUGUUGUGUAUCGGCAGUGUAACGUUGCGUGCUGUUAACAUGUGUGGCAGCCAGCCUGCAGAGGAGCAGAUUUAACAACAGAGCAGAGGCAGAGGACUGAGUGCAAAAUAUGUUGUGUGGUGGGCUGUGAAAAGCUGGCCUGGACAGCACUUGAAAAAUGGAAUGGACUCAGUCAGGCAGAGCGAGCAGAAAGAGGUGGUGGGGAUCAGGCAGAAAGACACAAGCAAGAUCAGCUGGGAGGGGAAGGUAAAGGUGUCUUUACGUGGCUUUAGUGUGCCCCGCUACAGUCACAGUAAAAAUCCGAGCUUGAAGUGGUGUCAUGCUCACAGACACGUGUGCAUUGUUUCCUUAUUCUAUUUUCUUCAUGAUCCAGAUGUCUGCUCAUCAAGAAUACAGAUGGCAUGGAUGCCUUGCCUGCCUUGCCACACACACACACACACACACACACACACACACACACGCACACGCACACACAGCAGCAUGGUCAUGUUUUUCCCUCCCUCUGAGGGAAGAUUAACUCUCCUCAUUAGGGCUCCCCUGCCUCUCGUCCUUGUCUCAUCCCCCCCCCUCCCUUCUUUGUCAGCAUGCCCCAUCAUCAUUGGCUGCUUCUAGCUGGACCACCACUGACUGGAUAGCUGUGACUACAGGCCACAGGAGAGCAGGGGGGAGGUGGGAUGGGUUUAUGUUGCCACGGUAAUAGGAGGCAACCGCUCACCAAAUCAUUAAGUCGGCGCUGAAAUGGAAAAAAAAUCUAGUGUAGCGGUGUGCAAAGAGUGUUUGAGGGUAAGGGAUUGAGAGAAGGAGAGGGAAAAUAAUAACGGCGAGGGAUUAGGCAUCAACUGAGCAAUCAGGAAGUCCAUUUAGGACAAAGCGGCAUUAAAAAUCCUGCCAGACUUUAGCUGUGAUCGCCAGAGUGGAGCUGCCAGUCCGAUUGAACAGCUGCUAAAAAGCCGGCAGAGAAAACCAACACAAAGGAAGGAUGACCACUGAAAGCCAUCUCCUGGAUAAUGUGGAAAUUUGACUUCUGGCUGGAGUAAAGCCUUGGCUACUGAAAUAGAAACAGAGACGGCAUCGCUGGAUGCGUAGCGUAAGCAUCAGCACUAAAGCGAGGAGGACGGGAACAGAGAUGAGCAUGGGGAGGGGGCACUGAGGGGAGAAUCAUUAUCUCGCUGUAGCAUGCCACUACAGAAAUAGAGCCUCCUGGUUUGUCACCUCCCGUGCCACACCUUGGCUGCAUCAUUCCAGCACUGCACCACCUCCACCAAGGAACUAUAGGAAUGACAUGCUUGUUUCAUGGACAGUUCUGAUCAAGUUCAUCUGGAGUGACCCGAUUCAACGCUUGCUGGGGAAUUAAGCCAACUAAAAAGGACAAACGAACAAAAUUUUAUGACUCCAGAGCUCUGUGAACACUGAAGAUGCAGAUUUGACUGUCCUGCAAUUCAAAACAAUAAAAAGCAGACUCAACCUGAGUAAAGAUGAAGGUGCAGGUGUCCCUCCACCACAGUUGCUGUAGCUGAGUGAUCAGAAACUCAACUUACUGUAAUGUCACUGACAUGCAGAACACUGCCUUUGCCUUCCUCACCACAGCACAGACCUAGCAAAAGAGUGUCAGCUAGUUACUGACUGGAGCCGUGGCUAUUUGAAGACUUGAGGACAAGACCGUGUGCAUUGGAGUCCUAUGAUGGGUGAGACGGCAGAAUACCAGAGGCUGCAGGAGACAUCGGAGCCAGACUACCAAAGCCUAACGUGUGACGAAGAUAAGAAGCUGGGCAGUAGCAUGCAGAGUGAGGAAGGCACAGAAUGGCUUCUCGAGCUGCUGAUGGAGGUGCAGCUGCAGCAGUACUUUCUGAGGAUACGCGACGACCUCAACGUCACCCGACUCUCUCACUUUGACUAUGUGAAGAAUGAAGACCUGGAGAAAAUCGGCAUGGGGCGACCUGGCCAGCGACGUCUGUGGGAAGCAGUAAAAAGAAGGAAAGCUAUGUGCAAGCGCAAGUCAUGGAUGAGCAAGGUUUUCAGCGGUAAGCGUCCAGACGGUGGAGACUUCCCCCAGCAGGGGCAGCCAGCCUCCUCUUUUCGUAAACUGUCGCCCACUCCACCCCUGAGUCUGGUGGAGGGAGUCCUGGUCGCACACCCUGGUGGUGCUCCACUUGAUGGACAGCAGCAGGCUCUCACCUGUCUCAUCCCAGAGAAGGACUUGAUCCUUUUUGAAAAGCUCGGGGACGGCUCCUUUGGGGUGGUAAAAAGAGGAGAGUGGCUGACGCCUACAGGGAAGUUGUUAAACGUAGCUGUGAAAUGUCUGAAGACAGACGUGCUCAGCCAGCCUGACGCUCUGGAGGACUUCAUCUGUGAGGUCAACGCUAUGCACUCCCUCGAUCACGAGAACCUCAUUCGCCUCUACGGUGUGGUGCUCACACACCCAAUGAAGAUGAUCACUGAGCUGGCUCCUCUGGGAUCUCUGCUGGACCGUCUGCGAUUCGUGUGUCCGCAGGGUCCGGUGUUAAUCAACACCCUGUGUCAGUAUGCUGUGCAGGUGGCAUGUGGCAUGGCCUACCUGGAGCAGAGGAGGUUCAUCCACAGGGACCUGGCUGCCAGAAACAUCCUCCUGGCCUCUGCUCAAACAGUGAAGAUCGGUGACUUUGGGCUCAUGAGGGCUCUACCUAACAACCAUGAGCACUAUGUCAUGCAGGAGCAUCGCAAAGUCCCCUUCGCAUGGUGUGCCCCAGAGAGCCUGAAGACCAGGACGUUCUCCCAUGCUACAGAUACAUGGAUGUUUGGAGUUACUCUCUGGGAGAUGUUCACACAUGGCCAGGAGCCUUGGCUGGGUCUGAAUGGGAGCCAGAUUCUGCAUAAGAUUGAUAAAGAAGGUGAACGCCUCCCUAAGCCAGAGGACUGUCCACAGGAUAUUUACAAUGUCAUGCUGCAAUGCUGGGCUCAGAAACCAGACGACAGACCUACCUUUGUUGCCCUGCGAGAGUUCCUGCUUGAGAGCAUGCCCACAGACAUGUGUGCUUUGCAGGAUUUUGAUGAGCCUGACAAACUACACAUUCUGGUUAAUGACAUCAUCACCAUCAUAGAGGGGAGAGCAGAGAACUACUGGUGGCGAGGCCAAAACAAGAGAACUCUUAAGGUCGGACAGUUUCCCAGGAAUGUGGUGACGUCAGUGGCGGGUUUGUCGGCUCAUGACAUCAGCCGGCCACUGAAGAACAGCUUCAUCCACACAGGACAUGGAGACACCAACCCUCAUCGCUGCUGGGGCUACCCUGACAGGAUCGAUGAUUUGUACCUUGGAAAUCCGAUGGAUCCUCCAGAUGUUCUGGGUUCAGACCUCAGCGCUGCUCGCCCUACACAGCUACAAGGCCGAGCAAAGAAGGAGCCUCCUCUCCGCCCUCCUCAGCCAGCAGUGUUGAUCAAGAGUAAGUCUGGUUUGUCUCAGCAGCUUCUCACCCAUUGUUCCUGCCCUCUCUGUUCCCUCCUAGCUCCUCUCCUUAAAGAGCCUUGCUAUGAUCCAGUGAACGAUGCUGAGGAUCUGACAUCAGCAGGACUAAAGAGGUCGCUUUGGAAAACGGGUUCAGUUAAAGGCUUAAAACUCAAACCCGCUGCGUGGGUCUCUGCUUGCAAACACGGAAGCAGCCACCCUUGUGGUUUGGGCUACAGCCGCAACAGUGAAGUAUCCCUCAUUGACUUUGGGGAGGAGUUCCCUCCACCCACGCCAUCGCCCUCACCAUCACCCGUGGUGGAAAUUCACGUCCCCUCUCUUUCAAAACUGGUGUUGGAGGCAGGAAACAUCCUGGACCGGACACCACCUCAAAGUCCAUCUAGAUCGUUGCCCUGUCCCCUUCACCCCACACCGGUAGUGGACUGGGAUGCCCGACCAUUACCUCCGCCCCCAGCCUAUGACGAUGUAGCACAGGAUGAAGAUGAUAUGGAGGUGAGCUCCAUUAACAGCUCAGAGCAGCCGCAUGAAGAGGCUCAGUCCGAAGUCUGUAAACCAGACUCCUCUGCUCAGAAGGAUCAAGGUGAAGUUCUUGCCUCCAGGGUUUCAGACCGACCAGGUGUGGAGGACAACCUGUUUCUCUCCAGCAAACAGACCCAGGGCUUGUCUACGUCUUUCUCCCAGUCUGCUGAGAUCUUCCAGGAGCUGCAGCAGGAGUGCAUGAGAAGGCUAAAUGUCCCAGUGGGAAGCACUGCUCGCCCGAGCUCCCCAUCCUCGGCUUUAUGCCCCCAGACUCCUUGUAACUCCCAGGCCCAGGAGGAAAUGUCACACAAUGUGCUCUCCUUCAAUGAGGACAAACCUCAGAUCCCCCCACGCAUCCCCAUACCCCCUCGCCCCAUUAAAAGGGGUGACUACACAGCUGCUCGCUGGUCAGGCGACCUUUCUCUGUCUCCGACACCAGGAGACGCCACAGAUGAUGUCUCAUGCCCAAAGCAGGUCUCGCCACCUCGGAUCCCUCCCAGGGACCCAUUGUCCCAGUCAGGCUCUAGGACUCCUAGCCCUAUGAGCUUAGUAGUGGGUUCCCCUCAGCAGAGACUCUACUCUGUCAGCCCUACUAACAUGCAGGCUCCCCUUACUUCCUGUCCCGCCACAAACACUUAUGGCUCCUACCUCUCCGCAUCUCCCGGCAAACUAAUGCCUACCACGCACAGCUUUGCCUCAGAUCCUAAGUAUGCUGCCCCCAAAGUAAUCCAAGCCCAGGCACAAGGGAAGGACUGCUCCAACAAAGGCCCUUGCAUCCUUCCCAUUGUUCGCGAUGGACGGAAAGUCAGCAACACCCACUAUUACCUUCUGCCCGAAAGGCCGCCAUAUCUUGAUCGUUACGACCGCUUCUUUAAGGAAUCGGAGAGCCUUCCCACCAGCAUUGCUGAGGACAGACAUGUGCGUCAAGUCAACACCGCCACCGUGAGACCCAUGGUGGUCAGUAACCUGUCCUUCCAGGGACACACACAGGGACAGGGGCUCAUCCAGUCAGGCGAACUGAAGGCCAAUUUCUCCACCAACAAUAAUAGCAUGUUAGGUGGCCUACGGUCAGGGAUGAGGACGUCAGUUAGCCUCCCCCGUGUCUGUUCAGACAGGCUGACAGCCCCAAUGGUCAACGCUUCCUGCAUACAGACUGAUGAAGGAGGGGACACAGCUGACCAGGUCAAAAUGGUCCAGGAGGCAGUUCACGGAGUCACACUAGAGGAGUGCAGAACUGCUCUACAGAACCACAACUGGAAUGCCCACAAAGCUGUUCAUUACCUUAAGGUGGAGCAGUUGUUCUGCUUGGGACUGAGGAGCAGGUCAGAGUGUCUAAAGCUGCUAGAGAUGUGCGACUGGAACCUGGAGGUAGCUAGCACACAGAUGCUGGAGAACUACGGAUCUGCAACAAGACAGAGGUGACUUUUAAUGGACUGUCCAUUUGCCUCAACUCAAAACAGUAUUUUAAAUCUUGUAUUAAAAGAAGUUCAAAUUGAUACACUUCUGACAUUGUCAGUGUCCUGAUUGGAUGUGACUUUUCCCAUUUUCCAUAAAAUGGGCUUGACAUUUUGUCUCAAUUUCCUCAGAGUAAUUAACUCUUCUUUACUGUACGUUUGCAGGCGGUAACCAAAACCUCUAACUGGAACUAAUUACUCACUAAAUUCAUGAGAGGAAAUUAAUCUCCUAUGGUUCAGCCACACCUUUAAUCAAAAGACUGUUUUUUUGGAACAUGGAACAAUUAAGCACAACUUUGUUAUGGCUCCAUUCAUUCUUAUUGUGGAUAUCAAUAUUUAACUUGAGGGCAAACACAAAGAUGCAGUUCUUUAUACCUUGACUUUGGUGAGUAUGUUACCUCCUUCCUUGUUUUUACAAGGCUUAAAAGGCUUCACUUUAAUGUUCAGGUCUGCUAAAAAAUCUAAUUUUGUUUAAAAGAAGUACAUACUGUAAAGUAAAGCAACAGCCUUAAGUUGUUCACAAGACCAGAUUAAAACUUCAUAUUGUACCUGUUGUCUUUUUGGGAAAGGAUGUUGUGGCUUAUUGGUAGGCAACGUCAAUAUUGAAGUACAACUCCACCACUAGUUGGGUACCAUUUAAGUACUAAGCACUGUUUUUGUACAGUACUCUAAAUCUACUUAAGUCAAUCAUUUAGUUGGAUUCUGGUUUAAAAAUGCAUACAAAAAUGUGAUCCAGAUUCGAAAGUUGACAAAAGAACUGAAGUAACAAACAGCUGAUGAUAAAUGUCUGUGCUACAGAAACGUGGCACCUGUUUACAUGUAACCACAGGAGCUUAUGCCAUAAAAGUACACCACUGACAUAGUUAACACAGAAUUUACAUAGGCAAAAUGUAAUUAUAACAAAAAACACGUUGGUAAAGUAAGAUUACCUGAAGAUUGCACUAAUGUACAGGACAUCAGUAAAUGAACUUUGUUUACUGACUUACGGACCACCUCUGGAUUGGGUAUAAUAGGAAACCUGUCUGCUACUAAAGACCUGUAGAAUAUAUGAAAAAUGAACAUAUGCUACACCUGAGUGAGAAAAAUAUUAACGUGGUGUCCAGAAAAAAAAACAACUGGUGCUGGUGGGGAAAAAAUAAAAAAUAAUAUAAAAAAAAUAAAAGUUCAAAAACUGUCAGAUGUAUAAUGAAAUUGUUUAUAAAAAGACAUUAUUGACAAUGUAUGGUUUUAUAUAUUUUCAACACGGUGCUCUGUGACAAGAAGAAUGCCCAUUACGAAGAAAUUCAUAUUCUGUGUGAGCUUAAGUUACUGUCAUGUGGUUGGUUUCACAGAGACGUAUUUCCCCAAAACUCUAGGCAAUUGAUGGUUAUCAUGGAAACCUUGUAUAAUUGGUGUGGUGUAUAUCCUUUACCCAGGUACAAUAUAGUAUUUCUGAAUUCCUUUCUUUGCCCUCCUAUAUUUGGUUGAAAUUUAAAAUCCACACGUAGGCAAACGUUUCUCCAUCAUCAUCUCUUAAAGCUGAUAUAUAUUGCCAGUGAAAUAAUUUCAAACUUCUAGUGUCAGCUUUGCAGCGAACCCAGGUCUGAUGCGACAACACAUCAGGCGGCAUAAAAAGGUUUUUAUUCCAAAUGCACUUUAAAUAAGUAAGAACUUGUUGGUCAACACAAACCAUUGGGUGCUUUUCCAUUCACUCACAGUAUUAAUACAUGUGGCAACAUUUUGCUCACAUAGACAUUAAACCCGUCAGGAUAUGACACGACUGAGCAGAAAAUUUUUAGAGUAACCUUUGUCCUUUGUAGACCUUUAUAGACUGAAAUUCAAAGACAAUCCCCAGUAAGGUCUGUGUGCAAUAGAGCUGACAGAACCUGUAGCCUCUACUGUGUACUGUACUGUGGUUACAGUACAUGUUUAGUGACUCUAGAAUAAAGCUGAAGAAUUUAACGCUGACCUUGGACCAGUACUCCCAGUAACAUGUUGUGGUAAAGCUGAUAACGUGGUGCAUGAGGACAACCACAGUCUGUGCAUGUGAGCUGCUGUAGUUGUGUUAACUGACUGAAGUGAACCUUGUGGCGUGACGACUGAUAAACCCAGCAACUGUUGAACUAGUGCUCCUAAUCUCAUUUGGUGUCUUAGGAGGCGGCACUUUUGGUUUUGUUGUGGUCAGUCCUUUUACCUUUUCCUAUUUGUGUGUAUUUUUUCCUUAUUUGUGUGUAUGUUUUAAAUGCCGAAUCUACAGCUGGUUUCCGUUUUCCUCCACCCAGUUUGUUGAAAAAAGUCAAAAGUUUAUGCUGCCGAAUUUAUAAAUGUAUUUUUUAUUAAAGAAUGAACUAUUUUUUA